AUGGUGUGUCCGGUACUUUGUAUUUGGUUCUUGGGUAUUUCAAUGGGCAAGCCAAGAAGAGGAGAAGAUGCUCUUUGUUUUGUGGUUUUUUUCUGGUUUUGGAGCUCUUCCAAUGCCUUGCUUUCUCCUAAGGGAGUGAACUUUGAAGUGGAAGCUUUAAUGGGCAUAAAAGCUUCUCUUGUGGAUCCUCAUGGCAUUCUGGAUAAUUGGGAUGCGGAUGCAGUUGAUCCAUGCAGCUGGAAUAUGGUCACAUGUUCCCCUGAGAAUCUUGUUAUUAGCCUGGGCAUUCCCAGUCAAAAUUUAUCUGGUAUUCUAUCUCCAAGCAUAGGAAACCUAACAAAUCUUCAGACUGUGGUGCUACAAAAUAACAACAUAACUGGGUCAGUCCCUUCAGAGGUAGGAAAACUUUCCAAGCUUCAAACUCUUGAUCUCUCUGACAACUUCUUCAAUGGGGAAAUUCCUCCCUCUCUGGGUCGCCUGAGAAGCCUCCAGUACUUGAGGCUUAAUAAUAACAGUUUUGAUGGAGAAUGCCCAGUAUCACUAGCGAACAUGGCGCAGCUUGCUUUUCUCGACUUGUCCUACAAUAAUCUGAGUGGCCCUAUACCUAGAAUUUCGGCCAAAUCAUUCAGUAUUGUAGGAAACCCCCUAGUUUGCGCUACAGAAAAAGAAAAAAAUUGCCAUGGGAUGACACUAAUGCCUAUGUCAAUGAACUUGAACAGUACUGAGGAUGCUUUACCAUCUGGCAGAACAAAGGCUCACAAAAUGGCCAUUGCCUUUGGUCUGAGUCUUGCAUGCCUUUGCUUGCUCGUUUUUGGUCUUGGACUUGUUUUAUGGAGGAGGCACAAGCGUAAACAACAGGCAUUCUUUGAUGUUAAAGACCAGCAUCAUGAAGAAGUCUACCUUGGAAACUUGAAGAGGUUCCAAUUAAGAGAACUCCAGAUUGCUACUAACAACUUCAGCAACAAAAACAUUCUGGGAAAGGGUGGUUUUGGAAAUGUCUACAAGGGAAUUCUCCCAGAUGGCACUCUUGUGGCAGUCAAGAGGCUUAAAGAUGGCAACGCCAUUGGAGGAGAUAUACAAUUUCAGACUGAAGUUGAAAUGAUCAGCUUGGCGGUGCACCGAAACCUCCUCAAAUUGUAUGGAUUUUGCAUGACACCAACAGAAAGGCUUUUGGUUUAUCCUUACAUGUCCAAUGGAAGUGUUGCUUCUAGGCUCAAGGGCAAACCAGUGUUGGAUUGGGGCACAAGGAAGCAAAUUGCCAUAGGAGCAGCAAGGGGACUGCUAUACCUUCAUGAGCAGUGUGAUCCAAAGAUAAUUCACAGAGAUGUGAAGGCUGCAAAUAUAUUGCUUGAUGACUAUUGUGAGGCAGUGGUAGGAGAUUUUGGGUUGGCAAAGCUUUUAGAUCACCAAGAUUCACAUGUCACAACUGCAGUGAGGGGCACAGUGGGGCAUAUUGCACCAGAGUAUCUUUCCACAGGGCAAUCUUCUGAGAAGACUGAUGUCUUUGGAUUUGGCAUUCUGCUUCUUGAAUUGAUCACAGGCCAGAGGGCACUGGAAUUUGGAAAAGCAGCCAACCAAAAAGGAGCCAUGCUUGAUUGGGUGAGGAAAAUCCACCAAGACAAGAAGCUUGAGUUGCUUGUGGACAAGGAUCUCAAGAACAGCUAUGACAGGAUUGAGCUUGAGGAAAUUGUUCAAGUGGCACUCUUGUGCACACAAUAUCUUCCUGGCCAAAGGCCCAGAAUGUCUGAAGUUGUACGCAUGCUUGAAGGUGAUGGCCUUGCAGAGAAAUGGGAAGCUUCUCAAAGUGCUGACACCACCAAAUGCAGCAAACCACAUGAACUCUCUUCAUCAGAUAGGUAUUCUGACCUCACUGAUGACUCUUCUUUGUUGGUCCAAGCAAUGGAACUCUCAGGCCCCAGAUGA